AUGCCGAUCUGUCGCCAAUUUUGGAAAGCUGGAUUCUAUAACGAGGAAGCGGCUCCUGCAAAGACUCAUGGUAGCUCACUAUCAAGUGCUUGUACAAGACUUAAUAUACACCCGAAGUUCCUUCAUUCAAAUGCUACUUCACACAAAUGGACAUUUGGUGCCAUCGCGGAGCUUCUUGAUAAUGCUGUGGAUGAGAUACAAAAUGGAGCCACGUUUGUCUACAUGGACAAGACCAUAGACCCAAGAAAUGGAAGUCCAGCAUUGUUAAUUCAUGAUGACGGGGCUGGGAUGAAUCCAGAAGGAAUGCGCCAAUGUCUAAGUUUUGGGUUUUCAGAUACAAAGUCGAUAUCUGCAAUCGGAAAAUAUGGAAACGGCUUUAAAACUAGUACUAUGCGGCUUGGAGCAGACGCCAUAGUUUUCAGCCGCUUCUUUGUUGAGAGUACUCGGACUUAUACUCAAAGCAUUGGCCUUUUAUCAUAUACAUUUUUAACUCAAUUGGGAUAUGACAGGAUUGUUGUUCCAAUGGUACACUAUAAAUUCAAUUUUACGAAAGGUUGUUUUGAGUCACUACAACCAAAAAGUGACGAACAGUCAAACUCCAACUUAUCAGUGUUGUUGCAGUGGUCUCCGUAUUCAACAGAGGAAGAACUGCUAAAGCAGUUUAAUGAUUUUGGUUCACAUGGGACAAAAGUCAUUAUCUACAACUUGUGGCUGGAUGAUGAGAAUAAAAUGGAGCUUGAUUUUGAUUCGGAUCCUGAGGAUAUUCGUAUCGGCAGGGUUGGAAGCAGUAAAGCAAAACCUAAUUCUUUGAAGGCGAUAAAUGAAGAUCAUAUUGCUAAUCGGCUAAAGUAUUCUCUUCGUGCAUACUUAUCUAUCUUGUACCUGAAACUGCCCGGUACAUUCUGCAUGAUGCUGCGUGAAAAAGCGGUUCUCUGUGAUAAUAGUGCAACAAAGUUAAAGCAUCCAGAAUUUAUCAAUUAUAAAGACCGUAGUGAUGGAAGCUGUGAGAGCGAGGUGACGAUUGGAUUCCUUAAAGAAGCCCCAGAUGUGAAUAUCCAUGGUUUUAAUAUCUACCACAAGAGUCGCCUGAUUUUGCCAUUUCUACAAGUUGCUCCUUAUAAGCAGAACAGAGGCCGAGGUGUUGUUGGUGUUCUUGAGGCAAACUUCAUUGAGCCUACUCAUAAUAAGCAAGAUUUUGAAAAAACUAAUGUCUUUCAAAGGCUUGUCACCAAAUUGAAGCGUAUGACACAUGAGUACUGGGAUCAUCAUUGUGGACUGAUAGGUUAUCAGCCCCCAGAAAAAACUCGAUAUCUAUUUGCUUCUCCUGGUUCAGCAAGUACUCCUGCACCUCCAACUCCACCUCCACCCUUGAGAAAAACUGAUGUUGGUGGUGGUUCUGAGAAUUUACCAACUGUUACUCAAAUUAACAAGAGAGAUGUUUUAAAUGCUAAUUCAACCAUCGUUGAGCCCUUAGAAUUAGUACCGUGCAUAACAAAAGGCUCCAGUGAAGUGUCAUCUUUGAAGAGGAAAAUAUCUGAUCAACCCGAGGAUUUUCCAUCAAGCAACCCAAAGAAAGCUAGGAGUGUAGGGAAUAUAGGGUCAUCUAUGCAUGACGACUCUAGCAUCGUAGAGCCCAUAGAAUUAGUACCGUGCUUGACCAAAGGCUCCAGUGAAGGGUCCUAUUUGAAGAGGAAAAUACCUGAUCAACCUGAGAGUUCUCCAUCAAACAACCCAAAGACAGCUAGGAGUGUAGGGAAUUCUGGGUUAAAUAAGCAUGAUAAUGGCAAUAAUGCACACGAUCAAAGGAAGACAAGUGUGAUGCAAGAAAACAAGAAGCUCCAAAUGCUGUGUUUGGAAUACGAGAAGGCUGAGAAAGAACUCAAUAUCAAGGUGCUACAACUCAUAACUGAGUUAGGAGAGGCUCAAAAAGAAUAUGCCUCUUUGAUGUCCGAGUGGCUACGUUUGGUGAAAGUUAAGGGGGGAAACUAAGGUGACAUCUAUCUGUGUAAAUGAUUAAGUGGAGUUUUUUGGUAGGAAAAGAAAGUUUUAAAAGCCAGUCUAACUUUUGACCAGCAAGAUGGGAGCUACAUAGUACUACUAGAAAUCAGAGGAAGAACAUGAUGUAGGUGCAACUGUCUCGUAUGGCUAUGGUUUAUUUGAUCCAGGGGCGAAUGAUUUUUUUGUAAUUAAGCUUCACUUGAACCUAUUAACUAUAAAUUGCAAUGAGUCAACGACUUUAGUACCUAUCCUGCAUUUUUUGUUACCAAUCAAUGUUGAUAACAUAGCGAUUCACAGGCUGCUACACUAUGAAUUAAGUUGUU